AUGAGAUUGCUCGGCAAAGGCGUCAAAUUCCUGGAGAUGCAGUUGAAGGAUCCACAAUUAUAUUUCAAGGCAUGUCACGAUUCAAGAGGUUUGUUACGUAAUUUGUUCUGGUCUAAUGAGAUUAGCCAACUAGACUACCGACUCUUCGGGGAUGUUAUUGCUUUUGAUGCUACGUACAAGAAGAACAAGUAUAAUUGUCCAUUAGUAAUAUUCAGCGGGGUUAACCACCACAACCAAACAACUAUUUUUGCUGCUGCGUUAAUCGCGGACGAAACUACUGAUACAUAUGUUUGGCUCCUGCGUCAGCUCAUGUUUGCAAUGAGGGGCAAGACCCCGACCUCAAUCAUAACUGAUGGGGCCAUGGCGAUUAGGAAUGCAGUGAGAGAUGUAUUUUCCGAAGUCAGACAUAGAUUAUGCACUUGGCACCUUAUUCGAAAUGCAACUAGCAAUGUUGGAAAUCCAUCGUUUACAUCUAAAUUUAGAAAAAUCAUGACAGGAGACUACGAGAUUCCCGUGUUUAAGCGUAAGUGGGUUCAGCUUAUUGAAGAAUUUGGCAUUGAGGAUAAGCCGUGGGUGAUCAACAUGUACGAAGAGAAGCAUAUGUGGGCUACUGCAUAUCUAAGAGGAAAAUUCUUUGCUGGCUUUAGAACUACAUCAAGAUGUGAAGGUUUACACUCAGUUGUGGGAAGGUAUGUGGGGUCGCGGUAUGAUUUGACAAGUUUUGUAGAGCAUUUUCAAAGGUGUGUAGCACACAUGCGCUUUAACGAAUUUAAUGCUGAUUAUGAAUCUACACGUGGGGUGCCCGUCAUGCAAACUUGUAUAGAGCUGCUAGAGAGAUAUGCUGCUGAGUUAUACACUCAUGAGAUAUUUCUUUUCUUUCGGCCAUUUCUCUCCAGAGCUGGAUCAAUGCGGGUUCUGAACAUAGAUAAUACCGAUGAUUGCAUAAAGUACAUUGGAUGCCUGUUUUGUACAGAGAGCUUGGUCGGAGUUACGGAAUCAUUAUUCAGACUGAGUUGUGAUAUCAUUGUUUCAAUGCGACUUACAGAUUCAAGGAUUUUAUCAAUUAUUUCGUCCCGAGCCAUGUUUUCAAUUCUCAUUAACUGCAAAAAAGAAUGGUAA